AGAGAAGAAGAAUAAACUGCACAUAACCUAAUUUAAUGAAUUUCUGGUUCUUUGAAGUGUUUAUUUUUAUUGUGUUUUGGGGUUUCUUGAGUUGUUACAGUAAUUAACAGUUGAUGCAAAAUGGCUCAAGGAAAAAUGAAGGUGAAAGCUAAGCUACCUAAUAAUGUAAAAUCGAAAAAGUCGAAUGGCCCUAGCGCUACUCAAAGGUCUAAUCGUCCUAUUAAACCGAAGAAGAAACAACAUGAAGAAAGUCAAAAGUUGAAGCAAAUUAUAAGUAAAAACAUAAAUAAAAAGAUAGAAGAGGAAGUGAGAGCUCGAGCGUCAGGAGGACAGCAAAAACUUUCCAAAGCUCAACAAGCUGUGGCAACACAUAAUUCUGAAUCGUGAUGGAAUGUUGAGUCGUUGUGUAAAGAUAUUUAAUAAUUUAUGAACAGAACACUUUUUACUGUUUGAUAUAUAUUUAAUGUUUUUAUAUUAAAUAAAUGGGUACUUUGGAGUUGAA